AUGCUUGCCAUCGAGCCUUUUGCAGGAGGCCACGGCAAAAUUGGAGCUCGCUAUCAACUCAUGGCAGAUAAUCUGAGCGUUCACCUCAAAUUAGACCCGAAGUUAAGCAAGAGAACAGUGCAAGAGCGGUUUACACUGCUCCUGGAUGAGUUUAAACAAAACGAUCAGGCCUACCGCAAGAAGACAGGAGUAGCGGAAAACUACGAGGAGCACAAGCAAUUGCUACAAGAUCUAUCGGACCGAAUUAGAGACGUGAAGGCGAUAAAAACCGACAAGAAACAGAAAAAGAAAGACAAGGAGGAUCGAUUGCAGACACAGGGUGCGAUUCUGAGGGAAAUGGCUGUCAAGCGUCGAACGAAACGAGAUGCAGCUACUGAGGAGUCGAAGCAGGAUUCAUUGAGUGCACCCAAUACCGAAAGCGCGAUCGUUUCAGGUUUGACAAUAGACAGUUCCUCGGGUAGUUCUUCGGGGACUUCGAAUCGCAAAAACAGCAAGACAACUAAAGCUGCUCAAGACGGAUCACUGGCAGCAUACUUGGAGCAGCAGGUAAUGAGUCGGCACGAAGCCAACGCGCUACUAGAGCAACAACGGAAGCUAAUGAAGCAAAAUGGCGAGGAGGAAGCGCUUCGCUGGGACCGCGAGUUCGCUUUCAAAAGUAAGAAGCUUGAAUUGGCUGAAAGGAAAUGGAACGACGAAGUCGAGCUACGACGCCAGGAAAUGCAGAUUCGGCGCGAAGAAAUUGCACUAUUGAGGCUGCAAUUGCAGGCUGCUCAAAAUAAAGUUGGCAACAGGGGCGCCGAUGAGCGUUUUCCAACUAGCAACUAA